AUGGAACCGGGGAAUAUUCAAGCAUCCUCUAUAGAGGAGAAACAGGAUACUAGUGAUGGGCAUUUUGAACAUUGCCCCCUCCCCAAAGAUGAUAGAGAGUCCUUCCAAGCUCAUGACGUUAAGAGACCAAGGGGUUGGAAAUUUAGGACAAGCAUAGCCGGAUUCUCUCUAUGUCUGCUAUAUGUUGGUUCUCAAAUCUCACUUUACUUUAUUGGUGCAACCAUCAGCUUCAUUGUUGAAGAUAUCGGGGGCGCAGACAAGAUUUCUUGGUUGCCAGUUGCGAAUACUCUCGCAGUUGCUUCAACAGCACCAUUUUCUGGUUACCUCCAAGACCUCAUCGGCCGCCGAUAUAUUGCAUUGACUGGGUCCGCCUUCCUUAUCGUUGGAGCUAUUCUCGUCGGUACCGCGCACUCGUUCGGCCAAGCAGUGACCGGGAUGGCUCUCACUGGUGCAGGUUCUGGAAUAGGAGAACUUACUGCUCUUGCAGGGGUUGCAGAAAUUGUUCCUGUUAAUAGACGAGGACUCUACCUUGGCCUGGUAACAAUUUGCAUUGUCCCGUUUUCACCAUACGUGAUGUACUCGCAGUUGCUCUCGACCCAUUCAACAUGGAGAUGGGGCAUGUGGAUUACAGUUAUUCUGAAUGGUAUUGCCUGUGUCGGCACGGCCUGUACAUACUUUCCAAAAAGAGUAAACUCAGAGAAGCCAUCUCGGUGGGAAAUACUAAAGGAGAUUGAUUAUAUCGGUGGCAUUACAUCUAUAACGGGGCUGACACUGUUCUUGGUGGCACUUCAGAGCGGAGGAUAUACCCAUCCCUGGAGAAGUCCAUAUGUUCUGUGUACUCUCUUGAUAGGAUUCCUACUCAUCGCAGUUUUUGUUUUGUGGGAAUGGAAGGGUGCCAAGAAACCUAUGAUUCCGAAACAAAUCUUUGCAGGGCAACGGAUUGUUGCGUUGGCAUUUCUCGUUGCUUUUAUAUCCGGGAUGGACUUUUACUCUGUUUUGAACUUCUUUCCACUAAGUUUCCAAAACGUCUAUAAGCCCAGUCCAAUAGCUAUAGGAUGCAAGGGACUUGGACCCGGCCUAAGUGUGCCAUUCGGGGCAGCGCUCAUUAAUAUGUUACUUUCGGUCUGGAUAGGACAUAAUCGGGAGCUACUGCUGUUCUCUACAUUUAUCAUGACUGUGUUUGGGGGGGCUUUAGCCGCCACUACUCCAGAUACACCAAAGAUGUCGAUCGCAUUUGGAACCAUUGCUGGUUUCGGAAUCGGUGGAGUUUUGGUACCUGCUGCAACAAUAGCCAUUACGGUCACUCCUGAUGACUUCAUCGCAACGACUGUAGCUUUGUCUCUUUCGGCCCGCGUCAUUGGUGGCUCGAUUGGCUACGCGCUAUACUAUAACAUCUUCGCAACGAAGCUCAAUGACAAACUCCCAGUCUAUCUUGCAACCGCUGCAAUCAAAGCUGGGUUACCUGUUUCUUCUUCUAAAGAAUUUGUUCUCGCGCUCCUCACUGGUCCUGCGACAGUUAUGGAUGUUAAAGGAGUAACACCAAUGGUCCUUGAGGCAGCGGCUCUAGCCUCUCGAUGGGCAUACUCCGAUUCCUUAGCUUAUGUCUGGUAUACCAGCAUCGCGUUUGGUGUGAUCGCAUGUAUUGCCUCUUUCUUCAUUGGCAACGUUCGUCUGUACCUUACGCAACGUGUUGCAACUCAACUUAUGUAG